UCCCCGUCCACCACUUGGCCGCCACAGAUCAAACAAUGAAGAAAUUGUCGCGCGCGUUUCAACCUCCCAUCGCCGAUCUCGCGCCACUUUAUUCGCGUUCACCGGUAGAUCUCCCUGGCCACUUCCUUUGUUUCCUCUUAUUCAUCCACCGAACCGUGUUUCGAGAAGAAGUCCCAGAAUCCUCGUUCGGCUCCUUCUCUUUUUAUCGAAGAACAACCGAUUAUUUAACUGCUGACCUGCAUUGAGGCGGCUGCGGGGAGGCGAUGCCAUGUCGGAAUCUGGCUCGUUCCAUGGCGGUGCCGUUGGGGAUUACAAGACCUUUCGCCAGACUAGCCGCGAUAGGCUGUUGCUUGAAAUGCUUCGCUCGGCAAAAGUGACGGAAUCCAAAUCAACUUGGAAGGUACUAAUAACGGAUAAAUUUACUGUCAAAAUAAUGUCCUAUUCUUUCAAGAUGGCAGAUAUCACAGAUGAGGGAAUUUCAUUGGUAGAAGAUCUUUUCAAAAGAAGGGAGCCAAUGACUUCAAUGGAUGCAAUAUAUUUUAUUCAGCCAAUUAAAGAAAACAUAAUCAUGUUUCUGUCUGACAUGUCAGGGAGGUGUCCAUUAUACAAAAAGGCAUACAUAUAUUUCAGUUCACCUAUACCAAAAGAGCUAGUUGCUUACAUCAAGAAUGACUCAAGUGUCAUACCUCGCAUAGGUGCAUUAAUUGAGAUGAACAUGGAGUAUUUUGCUAUAGAUAGUCAGGGCUUUGUUACCGACCAAGAGUUGGCUUUGGGAGAACUAUAUGGAGAAAGCACUGCAGAUGUUCGCAAUUUCAACUUGUGCUUGAACACGAUGGCCACACGCAUUGCCACAGUUUUUGCAUCUAUGCGGGAACUUCCUUAUGUGCGAUAUCGUGCUGCCAAGUCAUCUUCAAAUGCAACAACUGAGGAUUUAUCACGUGAUUUAAUACCAAAUAAACUUGCUGCUGAAGUUUGGAAAAUUAUUUCAAAGUAUAAAACAGGAAUACCAGAUUUUCCGCAGAAAGAGACUUGUGAUUUACUAAUUGUAGACCGAUCAAUUGACCUGAUUGCUCCUGUCAUUCAUGAAUGGACCUAUGAUGCAAUGUGCCAUGAUUUACUAAAUAUGGAUGGGAACAAAUAUACUCACGAGGUGCCGAGCAAAUGGGGGUCAACUAGUGAAAAGGGGGAGGCUCUUUUGGAGGAUCAUGAUCCAAUCUGGCUUGAGCUUCGGCAUAUACACAUAGCAGAUGCUAGUGAAAGGUUACACAAAAAAAUGACCAACUUCAAGUCGAAGAACAGAGCCGCACAACUUCAACAGAGUGCUAAAGAUGGCGAGGAGUUGUCAACUCGUGACAUGCAAAAGAUGGUUCAAGCUCUGCCACAGUACACAGAACAAAUGGAAAAACUUUCACUUCAUGUAGAGAUUGCAGGAAAAAUAAGUGCGUUGAUUAGAGAUUUGAAACUUAGAGAUAUUGGCCAGUUAGAGCAAGAUCUUGUUUUUGGUGAUGCAGGAGCAAAAGAAGUGAUUAAUUUUCUGAGGGCAAAUCAGGAUGUCUCUGCAGAAAUUAAGCUGCGUCUAUUGAUGAUAUAUGCCUGCGUUUAUCCAGAAAAAUUUGAAGAUGAAAAAGGUGUUAAGCUGAUGCAGCUAGCAAAGCUUACAACUGAAGAUAUGAAAGUUGUGUCCAAUAUGAAGUAUUUGGGCGGCCUAGACACCAAAAAGGCUUCAAGGGGGAGUUUUUCUCUCAAAUUUGAUGCUCAGAAGAAGAAGCAUGCAGCUAGGAAAGAGCGGGAGGAUGAGGAUGAAACAUGGCAAUUGUCACGAUUCUACCCCAUGAUAGAGGAGCUGGUUGAGAAGCUUAGCAAGGGAGAGCUUCAAAAGAAUGAGUUUCCAUACAUCAAUGAACCCACUCCUAUUAAGCAAGAGGGCCCGAAUACAAGUGAACCUGCACAAACGGGUUCAAACCAGGCUCGUCACUCCAAAUCUAGGCGAACCCCAACAUGGGCUAAACAACGUGUUUCUGAUGAUGGCAAUUCAAGCGAUUCUGUGUUGGGAAAUGCGUCUUCUGAUUUCAAGAGAAUGGGGCAACGGAUUUUUGUUUUUGUUAUUGGUGGUGCUACUAGAUCCGAGUUAAGAUCAGCUCACAAACUUACCGGGAAAGUUAAGAGAGAAGUUAUCCUUGGAUCUUCUAGUUUAGAUGAUCCUACACAGUUUAUCACGAAAAUGAAGCUACUUAGCUCUAAAGAUGUGUCUGGAAGUGCUAAUCAAAUGCGAACGAGUAUCUUCAAUUUUUAGCAAUUGUCAGGAAACGUUAUUGGCAAGAACUAGAGGUUGCCUCUCUCUCAUUUGUUACAUCCAGAAUUUUUUGUUUUCUAGUUAGCUUUAAAUGAUAUUGAACAAGUAUUUUAUUAUUUUGAUUGAAAAUUGCAUAAUAUGUAUACAGCUGGUUAUACAAGUAACAAUUUCAUUAUUGUGAUCAUGAUGACCAUUUUCUAUAACUGCAGUUACUAAUAAAACUGAAAGGAAUGUAGACCUGUAUGCUCUUA